AUGUUAUUCGUCAACAUUUGGUCGAUCGGAAGAAACUCCAAGUACUGGGAAAAUCCAUUAGAUUUCAACCCUCAUCGGUUUUUGGAAGGUGAAACCCUAAAAAGCUCGUUAGAUAUCAAGGGACAGAGUUUUCAACUCUUGCCUUUUGGAACGGGAAGAAGAGGUUGUCCAGGAAUUAAUUUGGCCAUGAGAGAACUUCCGGUGGUGGUUGCCGCCCUCAUACAAUGCUUUGAGUGGAAUGUCAAUAAUGGCAAGGAAGCAUUGAAUACAAAUGAAAGGGCUGGAUUAACUGCCCCAAGGGCGGUGGAUUUUAUUUGUGUUCCAUCAUUAAGAGAAGACUCACCGCAAAUUAUUUGA